UAGGGUCCGCUCUCUGCUCACCGAGAGAGAGAGAGAGAGAUUGAUUGAUUGAUUGAUUGAUUGAUUGAUCGUUAACCCGAGGCUGACCUCAUAGCGCGCGGUACAAGGUAUAUAUAAGGGAAAAGAAAUAUAUAUACACACACCUCACGACUCAUUAAUCAAAGACUGAUACAUACACACAUAUAUAUAAAUAUAUAUAUAUAUAUAUAUAUAUCAAUAUAUAUAUCAAUAGUCCACAUCACCGACGUAAUAAUCAGGUGAUCCAAGCGAAUUCUCUCUCUCUCCGGGCGCAAAUUCAGCAGCAGGGGCUGCUUCCUCGCGAGAACCAUGUCUCUGUUCGGUAGACUGACCCUCCUCGCCAGACGCUGCGUACCCCGCGACGGAAUGCAGCGGGGCUCUAGGUAUGCGUCGAGCUACGCCGAUUACACCGGCGACAGCGGCGUGUCCUCCGAUCCUUCGAUCAGAAAGUCAGUAUUUAUAUCGCAGUCCACGGAUGUGUUCACCAAUCUGGCGCUGGAGGACUGGCUCUACCGCAACUACGACUUCGGCGAUCGCCACGUGCUGCUGCUCUGGAGGAACGAUCCCUGCGUGGUGUACGGACGACAUCAGAACCCGUGGAAGGAGUGCAACAUCCGGGCGGCCGAGAAGAGCGGGAUAGCCCUGGCGCGCCGGAACAGCGGCGGCGGUACCGUCUAUCACGACAACGGCAAUCUCAACCUGUCCUUCUUCACGCCGCGCGAGAGGUGCAACCGCAAGUACAACCUGCAGAUCAUCACAAGGGCGCUGUUCCGCGAGUGGCGCCUGAAGAGCGUGAUCGACGAGCACGACGACAUCGUCGUCGAGGGAGACUACAAGAUAUCCGGGACAGCUGCGAAGUUAGGACGGCCGAAUGCUUAUCACCACUGCACGCUACUGGUCGGUGUGGAUAAGGACAAUCUGAACUUAGCUCUUGAGAGAAAAGAGGAUGACAUUGUCACGAACGCGACAACUUCUUCCGCGCACUCGCCAAUAAAGAAUCUGCUUGACGUGAACUCGAAUAUCGGAAUCGAUAAGCUCAUAACCGCCAUUGGCAAGGAGUAUCUGCGCACGAAUGCCCUCAUUCUCAAAGACGGAGGGCAAAAGCUGCUUGAGAAGCAAAUGGGAUUUCAGUUUAUCAAUCCGAGCGAAGGCUGGUUCCCUGGUUUGGAUAAACUGACCAACGAUCUUCGCUCCUGGGACUGGAAUUUCGGCAAGACGCCGAAAUUUACGGUCACUCGGGAUUUUGAGGUAACCACGCACGAUGGUAAGGUGCACCGGCUGAAUUUGCGCUUGGAUGUUCAGGACGGCAUCGUGGAGGAAGUCCGCAUGAGCCUGCCCAACGAACUGGCGUCGGCCGAUUUCGAUCAGGAUGCGAGUGUGAUCACUAAUCUCUGCGGCACGAGAUACAAUCAUGAAAUAACGGACAAUAUAAUCGCUGCGAUUGGUUGUAAGGUCGACGCGUCGAACACCAUUCAAACCGAAGACAAAAGCAAUGCAAUGAUUACUCAGUAGAUCGGCCGGGUCUUGGACACAAUCACAUGUGCAUUUAUAUCGGUUGUAUUUGUACGAGGGUGAUGAAAAAUUUCGGGGUAUUUGCUUUAACACAGAACAGCGUGAUUUGACACAACUUGACAAGUAAUGUUAUCAUUUAUUAAUAAUAAUGUAAGUGUAUAUGUGGUAUAUAUGUAACGUAUUACGUAUGUAUAGUAUUUUAAACAUAUCCGUGGAAAAAGAUGAAAAAAAAAGGUUUGCUGUUAUUGGCAGUGUAUCAAACGUUAUCAAUGCAAUGUUCGUUUAUUAUGCGAUGUUUAUUUAAUAAUGUCAUAAUAAAAGACUAGACUAAUA